AUGGCGCUGUCAAUGCAGGGCUACGUCUGGGCAGCCCCGAUGAGGUGGCAGAUGCGAAUUGUGCAGGUGCAACCUGCUAGCGCCCCGACCCAUGCUUGGGGCAGGCAGCCAGCACCAGUUCUAGUUUCCCGCCAGACAACUCGCGUGAUGGCAAGGCCGUUGCCGCCAGCACCGGUCGUUGUGGCUCGGCGCACUAUUCGCGUCGUGAUCAAGCCAGCGCAGGUGGUGGUGAGGGCAGCUGCGCCAACGCAGCUGCCGCACCUGCUGGGGUCGCCCAGGGCACCAUCUGCAUCACACCCCGUGAAGGGGCCCAAAGCUGGAGUGGGGAAGCCUGCCCCACAUGAUGUGACGGCCCCAAAUGAAGUGACUGAGACGGGGCCGCCGCAAGCAGGAGUGGGCGAGCCCAAUGCAAAUGUGACGGCGCUACAUGAUGUGGCCCCAAAUGAAGUGACUGAGACAGGGAACACGGAGGCAGUUCUCGAAGCUUCUGCCCCGGUUUUCGAGCUGGUCCACCCAAAGGGUCGGCCUGUCUCGUAUGGCCCGGCAAGGCCAUUCCUAAUCCUAAAAGCUGAGGAAGAUUGCCCCCAACCCAAGACCGACGUGCCCAACGAGCCCGCUCCGAAGCCUGCUCCGAAGCCGGCUCCGGAGCCGGCUCCGCCAGCAGAGGUGAGCCGCCCGCCGCAGGAGCCACCUGAAGAACUACCAGGCGAGGCAGAGGCCUUGGAAGCGCUGAAGGCGCUGAUGGCGGAGCUCGGCGGAAAGGGCUUCAAGGUCCCCCAGAAGCCGACGGGCGAACCAGAGGUGGGAGACCUCGUGGUGCUCAGCAGCACGAUCAAGCCGGAAAGCUUGCGGCUCCGGUACGCCGUGAUUCUGCAGGUGCACGAGAAGCACUUCACGGCAAGAGCGCUGGCGGAAGACAAGGCAACCUGCCUCGAGGAUUGUUGGCCUAACAAGGAGGACGCUGUGCUCGACAGCAAGGUCGGCCGUUUAGGCAGCCGAGUCCGCAUCGUGGAAGGGACCAAUGGGGGCUGCAGUGGCAAGGUGGCCAAGGUGCCCGACCACCCGAUCUUCCCGACCUUCAGACACUUCAGGAAUGGCAAGCUGCAAUACGUCGUCAACGUGAGCUUGGAUGACGGCAGGGACGAGCAGUUCCUCCUCUCGGAGCUCCGGCAGGAGCAGUAG